CAGAUCUCCGCGACUCGGCGGAGGCGAGACGUGCUGUCAGGCCGCGGAGGAGCCGGAGAAGCUACACCCGGCAGCACAGACGGCAGCAGCUGGAGCAGAGCAUGGAACAGAGCGCCAAUGGGGCAGUCCUGAAGUUGAGUUUGAGAGGCGACACGGCGGCGGCGGCCGCGCUGCUCCCGCUCCUCUGCCUCCCCAUGGAUAUGCACUGCAAAGCAGACCCCUUCUCCGCGAUGCACCGGCACGGGGGUGUGAAUCAGCUCGGGGGGGUGUUUGUGAACGGCCGGCCCCUGCCUGACGUGGUGAGGCAGCGCAUCGUGGAGCUGGCCCACCAGGGUGUGCGGCCCUGCGACAUCUCUAGGCAGCUGCGGGUCAGCCAUGGCUGCGUCAGCAAGAUUCUGGGCAGGUACUACGAGACCGGCAGCAUUAAGCCAGGAGUGAUCGGUGGCUCCAAGCCCAAAGUGGCGACGCCCAAGGUGGUGGACAAGAUUGCGGAAUACAAGCGUCAGAACCCCACUAUGUUUGCCUGGGAGAUCCGAGACCGGCUCCUGGCUGAGGGCAUCUGCGACAAUGACACGGUGCCCAGCGUCUCUUCCAUCAACAGGAUCAUACGGACCAAAGUUCAGCAGCCGUUCCACCCAACACCGGAUGGGGCUGGGACGGGAGUGACUGCCCCUGGCCACACCAUUGUUCCCAGCACAGCCUCCCCGCCUGUUUCCAGCGCCUCCAAUGAUCCGGUGGGCUCCUACUCCAUCAACGGGAUCCUAGGCAUCCCUCGCUCCAAUGGCGAGAAGAGGAAACGUGAUGAAGAUGUAUCUGAGGGCUCAGUCCCCAACGGAGACUCCCAGAGUGGUGUGGAUAGCUUGCGGAAGCACUUGCGAGCUGACACCUUUACCCAGCAGCAGCUGGAAGCUUUGGACCGGGUCUUUGAGCGUCCAUCCUACCCCGAUGUCUUCCAGGCCUCUGAGCACAUCAAGUCAGAGCAGGGGAACGAGUACUCCCUCCCAGCCCUGACCCCUGGGCUUGAUGAAGUCAAGUCGAGUCUAUCUGCAUCCGCCAACCCUGAGCUGGGCAGCAACGUGUCAGGCACGCAGACAUACCCUGUGGUGACCGGUCGUGACAUGGCGAGCACCACUCUGCCUGGUUACCCCCCCCAUGUGCCCCCAACUGGCCAGGGAAGCUACCCCACCUCCACCCUGGCAGGAAUGGUGCCUGGGAGCGAGUUCUCCGGCAACCCGUACAGCCACCCCCAGUACACCGCCUACAACGAGGCUUGGAGAUUCAGCAACCCCGCCUUACUAAGUUCCCCUUAUUAUUAUAGUGCCGCCCCCCGGGGCUCCGCCCUGCCGCUGCUGCCGCUGCCUAUGACCGCCACUAGUUACCGCGGGGACCACAUCAAGCUGCAGGCCGACAGCUUCGGCCUCCACAUCGUCCCCGUCUGACCGCCCGCCCCGGAGGGAGGGAGAACCCAAGCGACGCGAAGCCUCCCGGCCACCGCCCCAGCCCCACCCCCAUUCCGGGACCCCCGCAGCCCUUCAGGUCGCCCCGGCCCGGGCCCGACAGGACGGAUGGAGCCGCGGGCGGGAUGCUCCAGCCCAGGCCCGCCGGCCCUGACUCCGCUGCACCGUGAGAAGGGCCUGAGCCAGCGCGCCCUGACCCCGCAGCAGACCGACCUCGGCGCGGGAUUCCGGCAUGGCCCGCCCCUGCGCGGGGGACAAGCUUCUGUGACACACAAUCAGCGCGGCCCAGCCCGAGGGCACCACCCGGGGCUCUCCAGCGCCGGGAGGCUUCGCUGGAGGGUGAAGGAAAGGAGAACGGAACGAUUUUCUGCAGAAGGAGGGAGGGCCUCCUGCCCAACUCUGGGGGGACAGUGCCGAACCCCCCCCCCCUGCGCGCCAGCCGCACCGCCCUCCCUCUUCUGAGUGCAUCCUGACCGGGGCUCUGGGAACGGGGUUGGGGUCGUCAGGUCUUCCCAAGAUGGGAACUCAAGACAUUCGGGCCUCAGCAUUCCACCGAGACCAAUGCUGGGCUCGCUCUCGGCCUGAGCCACCCAAAUGGCCAGGGUUCGAGCACCCCCUCUAGAGACCAGAAUGUCAGCCCCGUCUUGUCUCCGGCCGCGGCGACUCUCCCACCUGCGACCUCCCAGCGCCCCCUCCUGCUGACCCAUUUCCCACCGGGGCGCUCUGACCUCUUCUCCCCAAUUGCAACCCCCCCCCCCAGUCCAGGCUCCCCAGUGCCUGCCGCCGCGGGCCCCCGUUUGCAAAGGCCGCGGGCAUUGGGCUCCCGGAGCAUCUACUAGACGGUCCCUCCCGGAACACAGAUUUCCGAGCUGAAGGUGGUAGAAGUCAGCGUCUGAACUGCUGGGGCCUGGUGGUGGCUGGAAGUGGGGCGUCGUCCACCCCAUCUCACCCACCCACCCAACCCAGCCACUUCCUUCGGCAGGAACUGAACAGACCCUAGCAAAAAAAAAAAAAAAAAAAAAGCAAGAAAAAGAAAAAAAACUACAUUUAUUUAAUAUGACGGUCUUUACGAAAAGGGAGAAAAAAAAAAACACCCACAAAACAGAAACCUAACAGGCUGCUGCUUUGUAGAAAGACGGUGUGUGGUGUGAAGGCGAAUCCCGGUGUACAUAAACCCGCCCGCCCAGUAGCGUCCGGUGCCCGCCCCCCUCUCCCCCUCCCUGCCUGUAGACCCGCCCCGUCGCUUGUACUCCGAGAGUCGCAGCUCGCUAGGGGGAGUGGGCAUAGCUACACGCCCACUGAAGCACAGCACGUCCGGGGGAGGGGGCAGCUCCCUUUUUUUUAUUUGUUACGAAAAAAAAUUAUGAAAGAAAAAAAUCUCUAUGCAAAAAUGACGAACGUGGUCCUGUGGACUCCUCUCGCCUCUGUUUUCUUGGCUAUUUCUCUGUAACUCUGAGUGUGCGCGCUUUCCCCCGCACCGCUCCUCUCUCUCUCCCGCCUCUCACCUUCUCUGUCUCUGUCUCUCUGCGUCUCAGUCUCUCUUGUCUCGCUCAACCCUCGGCCUCCCUCCCCGGCCUGGCCCCGGCAGGCGUGAUGAGAGGUGCCGCUCCACCCCCGGGGCUCGCCCUGGGCCGGGCCGCCCCGCCCCGUAGUAGCUCUCUCGGUAGCGGCGAUGCGCCCUGCAUGUCUCCUCACCCGUGGAUCGUGACGACUCGAAAUAACAUAAACAAAGUCAAUAAAAGUGAAAAAUAAAUAAAUAAAUAAAAAUCCUUGAACAAAUCCGAAAA